GUCUGUAAGGACCUGCCUGCCGAACCUGUAGGCUGUUCGCCUUCCAUGGCUGGGUUCCCCUCCAAGUCAGGAAAGUGUUUGCCUUGAAAUGCUGCCAGGGAAGGCUCGACUUGCUGCCAGGAAGGAUGUAAUCAGAGUCCACUCAGUUAGUCAGAAGUCCGACAGCGUGUGCUGCCUUGUCUGUCCUCAGAGCCCAAACCGUUGCGUUGACCGUCGUGUACGGUGGACAAAGACCUCAACCGCCGUCAUGAAACUGCCCUUUGCAUUAUUCAUCGUCUCCAUGUCGGCAGGUGCGGUUGUUCUAGCCUCGCCACUACAACGACUUCGCAACGGUCUGAACCAUGCAUUCGGCUCUCCACAGCGGUCGUCCUUGGCUGUCGGGGGAGGUCGCUACGGCGGCUACCCACCGGGUGGCAUGCCUCGUGCACCAGCCGUGGGUGGCGGGUACUAUGGCGUACCCACGAACCAGUUUCACCGAACUCUGCCUGGGUCCCUCCACCGUCGCCUUCGAAGACAUGUCCCCCUCAUCCCUCUGGAGGCUGCUGAGCGCCUGUUUUCGUACCUGCGUCGUUUGGACGUGGACAAGUGCGUUCAAAGGGCGACGUGCGAAGCGUCUGCUGAACGAGGCCGCUACGGCAAGGAGGGACAGCUCCUGGUUCAUUUCAUAUUGUCCAUGGAUAACAACAGCCGCGCAACUUGGCAUCCCUAUUUGAUUUCCGCCCGCAUGGGGAAGUCCCUUGGCAACACUGAGAAGUGCCGCCUGUCUUAUUCCAGCUGCAAACUGAACAAGGAUGCGCUCGCUGUUGUCGCCAGAAAACGCAUCAUGAUGGCAUUUCCCUGUAUUCAAGGUCCAUGCUAGCAUAAAGAA